UUUUGCAGUAAACUAUACAUGUAUAUAUGUCAGUAAGAGAAAUAGUUUCAUAUGAAUAGAUUUGAGUUUGUUUAUAUGCAUAAGUUUUGAAAGUUCAUACUAAAAAGUUGAAUUUGUGUUUAAAUAUUUUUUUUCACAUUCUGCAACAGCAAAAUUAACUAAUUUAUUGGAAAUGUUGUAAUCAAGUUAUAGAGAGUUAUAAUAAACCUGAGUUAGAAAGGGAUGGAGAGAAAGUAUAAGUGGAAGAGAAAUGGAUAAAUGGACAUAUAUGAGUGUGCCGAGUUAAAGCCAGGAUUCUUGUUUAGAAGUUGAAGAAAUAAAUAUAAUUUACACAUUUUGAUGUCAGUGCAUCAAUUGAGAACUGUACACAGGAUUUACAGAACUGUUGAUCUUUGAUAGAAAAAAAAAUAUUUGUCAGUGGUCAUCUGAAAAUAGCAUGAUUUCAUCAAUGAUGUAGGAUUUUACAUUGAACAAGCUUUCUUGUAGAUAGUAGAACUUUAUUUGAUGUUAUAUGCUUGCCCAACAUAUUAAAGUAUAGGAAAUUUAUUUACACGCAAGCUGGAUGCUGAUUUGUGUUACGUCGUGUCAACAAUGUGUUGAAAUUCACUUUAUAACUGUCAUAAACUAAAAGAUUUUGGCGCAAAGAUGAACUCUGUUAUGGCCAGUAUGGCUCAUGGUAUGCCGGGAAAUAUGCAUCAGGGUAUGCCAGGGGGUAUGAAUCAGCCAGGAAUGCCCAAUAGUAUGUCACCUUGUUUACCAAACAAUUUACCCCAGGGCAUGCCAUGUAACAUGUCCCCGGGGAUGCCUCCAUGUAGCAUGCCUCCACAUAUGCAAGGAAACAUUCCACCCCAGAAUCAUAUAGCAGCAAUGGGUCAACCUGGUCCAAUGCACCCGCGUAUGAGUCCCAGUAUGUCGGGAGUGUCACCAGGUAUGUCCCCUGGAAUGCAGGGACCGUCACCGGGUAUGCCCCCACAGCAGGGUAUGGGAAAUCCUCCGCCACCCAUGUCCCAUAGUAUGGGCCCUAUGAUGAACUCUGACCCAUUUUACUCAUCUCCGUUUUCUAUGUAUUCAAACAGGCGGCACGCACCAUACAUGGGACAGCCAGAUUACAGAAUCUACGAGCUGAACAAGAGGCUUCAACAAAGAACAGAGGACAGUGACAACCUCUGGUGGGAUGCCUUUGCAACAGAAUUCUUUGAAGAUGAAGCAACCCUAACUCUAUCUUUCUGUCUGGAGGAUGGGCCUAAAAGAUAUACCAUUGGUAGGACGCUAAUUCCCCGCUACUUCCGAAGUAUUUUUGAAGGUGGUGUCACAGAUCUCUAUUACAUAUUAAAACAUGCGAAAGAAUCAUUCCAUACAACAUCCAUUACAUUAGAUUGUGAUGUGGCAACGAUGGUGACACAUCAUGGAAAACCAAUGUUUACUAAGGUUGUAACAGAGGGUAGAUUAGUGCUAGAGUUCACAUUUGAUGAUUUAAUGAGAAUCCGGUCGUGGCAUUUUGCAGUGCGGCAACAUCGUGAACUUAUACCACGUAGCGUUAUAGCCAUGCAAAUGGGAGCAAAUGAGGUAACGGAUGAGCCAGCAAUGGUCGAGCAGUUGGGGAAGAAUAUCACUAGACAAGGUCUCACAAACUACACACUUAAUUUCCUGCGGUUGUGUGUGAUACUCGAGCCAAUGCAAGAAUUGAUGUCACGGCACAAAGCAUAUGGCCUGAACCCGAGAGAUUGUCUGAAAACUACAUUGUUCCAGAAAUGGCAAAGAAUGGUCUCACCUCCAGGAAAAGAUGGUUCUGGCGAAAUGCCAAAUAUGCCACACCCUGAUAUGCCUGGACAAAAGACGAAAAGGAAAUGGAGUGUAUCUCCUCAGUCUGAUACGACACGGCAACCCGGGAAACGAAGGAAGCGUAAAUCUUCAACAGGAAGUGCAGCUAACGUGAAUAACAGUGUCGCUGCAUCAGGCAAGAAGAACCGGUCACCAGGUCCUCAGGGUAUCAAUACCUCAGUACCUGGGGUAAGUAAAGAUGUAAUGGUGGUAGGAGAGCCUACAUUAAUGGGUGGAGAGUUUGGAGAUGAAGAUGAGAGACUUAUAACACGUCUGGAGAAUCAACAGUUUGAGAAUAAUGCCAAUGAAGAGGAAAAAUUUGCUGCAAAUUCUCCCGCUCUACAGCAACAUAAUAGUCCAUGGGGUGGGGACAAGAAACCACCAAUACCAACCUCUGGGGGUCCACAGUCAGUUUCAGAGGUGGAUACAAAAACUGAGCAAUGACUGGAUGAGUUUUGUGAAUGAGUUUUUGAUGUAUUCAAAAGUUUAGUAUGGCUGAUUCAUGUGAACAUGAACAUGCUCCAGCAAAGUGUUAUAUUGAACAUUUAAUGUUCAGUAUAAAUAUUUUGGAAAACUGCCAAGGUUUAUGAAUUUCUGGUGAGAAGAUUCAUGAUGUGAAAAUGAAAGUGCUUUUUCAGAUUUUGGAAAUGAUUUUUAUGAUUGUUGUUAGGGCAUGAUUUAGAGAGAUUUAAAACGGAAAUAAUCGAGUAAGAAAGAUUUCACCUUUAGAUUUGAUGUGAUUAUGUAAAUAAAAAUUGGCAGAUAUUGUGUUUACAAAGAAAAGUUAUGUUUUGACUUCAUACAAGAGAAGGCUGUCUCAGGAUCAAGUUGUAGUAUAUAGAUAUUUGUUUCCCUGGUACCAGUCGAGUUUUUAUCUCCCAUUGGUUACCAUUAUUUGUUGUAAUUGAAUUUUAAUUAUUUGGGACAAAACUGUACUGAAAGCUCAGUUCAAUAGCCUUGAACUCACUGUUAUUGAAAGUAUGAACACUGUUACAGCAGCCUUUGUGCUUUAUGUGAAUUUCUUUUCAUAAUUGGUUUAGUAUAUGAUCAGAUUAGAUUGAUUUUUCAGACAAACUUUUAACAAGAAAUAGAUAUAUUUGAUGACAAAAUUGUUAUGAUAUUUUAUGUAUAUUGCUUAAAAAUUGUAUUUAUGUUUAUUCAACGUUAAUUUAGAUAAGAUAAGUCAUUUAGCCCUUAAACUGCUGAAUUUCUUAAGUGGACUUGUCCAGCUUCCAUUUUUGGAAUUUGUCAAUCAUAAAUUUUUGGGGAUACCGAGUUGAAAAUUUCAAGCUGGACAGCCCCAUUAUACAUUUUUAGGGAUACCAAGAUAAAAAUUUCAAGCUAGACAGCCCCAUUAUACAUUUUUAGGGAUACCAAGAUAAAAAUUUCAAGCUAGACAGCCCCAUUAUACAUUUUUAGGGAUACCAAGAUAAAAAUUUCAAGCUAGACAGUCCCAUUAUACAUUUUUAGGGAUACCAAGAUAAAAAUUUCAAGCUAGACAGCCCCAUUAUACAUUUUUAGGGAUACCAAGAUAAAAAUUUCAAGCUAGACAGCCCCAUUAUACAUUUUUAGGGAUACCAAGAUAAAAAUUUCAAGCUAGACAGCCCCAUUAUACAUUUUUAGGGAUACCAAGAUAAAAAUUUGAAGCUAGACAGCCCCAUUAUACAUUUUUAGGGAUACCAAGAUAAAAAUUUGAAGUUGGACAGCCCCAUUAUACAUUUUUAGGGAUACCAAGAUAAAAAUUUCAAGCUGGACAGCCCCAUUAUACAUGUUUAGGGAUACCAAGAUAAAAAUUUGAAGUUGGACAGCCAGAUAACAGUAUAGAGCCUGAUUAGACUGUGUAUAGUGCAGGUUAGGCUUGCUCUAUAAUGGUGACAACACUUUUUGGUUCCAGCAGGCUAAAGGUUAAGACUUACAUUAAAAUUAUCUCUAUGAUACACGAUUUUAUUUUACCAUUGGUAUAGAAAAACAACAGAAGAAAAAAGUCAUUGGUUUGAUAUAUUAACUUGUAUAGCUGUUUUAGCAUUUUUACAUUAAACAUUUUUCCCAUUUUGUAAAUGACCAUGAUGCUGUCACUCAUCUUUGUCAUUGUAAAUGCCAUUUCAAACUCUUUAAUUAUAGCAUCAUAGGUCAUCAAGGGUUUUGUUAUAGUAAUUGAUAUAAAUUGAUCAUUAAGUUCAUGGAUUUUGAACAGUUUUUCUUUUAAACUUGCAAAUAAUGUGUAUCAUUUGUAUAAUUAUUAUUAUUAUAUAUACAACUCUAGCAUUUAUCUCUCACUCAUAAUCUCAUAUUUCUGUUUUUCUCUAUAUCUUUCUUUACAUUUCUGCCUAUACUGUACAAUUGUAUAGAAUUAUUAUAUUAUGAAUCUUCUAAGCCAUUUUGCAUUUAUGUAUUUGUUCAAGCCAUUCAAGUUUUAAAAGUUUUAUAUUUAUGUAAAAUGUCAAAUUUAAGCUCUUAUCAUCUUUUAUAGGUUAUGAUUGAGAUCUGCUCCAUUUAUAUGUAUUGCUGGAAAAACACCAAAUCUAGUGCUGCACACCAUUUUCUGUGAACUUAUAAAAAGUUGACAUUGAGUGAGAUAUUAUUUCAUUGGUAAGGGUUAAUAAUCUCAUGAAUUUUCUGGUCAUGAAUCUUUCAUUUUCCUUCAUAAUUUAUGAAAAAGGGUAAAUUGUUAUCAUUCUCUCUCUCUCUCUCAAUUUGCAUUUAAUUUUGUUAGGUAUUUUGUUGUUUGUUAAUGAUAAACCAUAGAAAACACGGUAUUGUGUUUUAGACUUUUUGAGCAAUAAUAACCUCAUAAUAGAAAAAAAACAUGAUAUUAAUGGCCUUUCUCUAUUAGAUUGUUUAUGAAUUUCAUUUUCUGUUGAACUAGAGUAUCGAAUAGAAAUUUGGACAGAAGUUUGACUAUCUUAAUGCUAGUCUCAGAUAUGGUUAAUUGUCACAAGUUUUAAGGUAACUAUAGUAGAGCUUAUAUCAAAAUAGAAAAAUGAGCGUCCCACCAGCUUCAGAAUAAUGUGCCUCAUAGAACCUAGGAAGUUGUAGUUAAAAUAAUGAUGUACUAAUAUUCAUCUACAUCUAUAGGCAUCUACUUGUAAACUUAGUCCAUGUAUGUCUUCAAUGUUUGAUUUUUACAUUUUCGUGUGUAUAUGU